CUGUAUCAUUCAUUGAAACCAAUCCUGCCAGUGAGUCGAUUGUCAAUUCUCGUUGAGUACACUGCUCCGCUAAGCCCGUCGCUCCGAUAAACAAAAGCUUACACAAAAGCAUUCCUUUCCUUAUGAAAAACAUGCAUUUCGGUUUCGAAAAGGAGCUCGUCGAGUGUUAGUCGUGUCAGAAAGAUGUAACUCCGCGUCGUGAGUGUGAAUUUUGCGCGAAAAAGGUGAUUAGAGUCGAGUGCAAAAUCGAAUCGAAAAAUUUUUAUUCAGCUUUUCCUGCAAAAAAAGGAGGAACGACCCGCUGGCUGGAAGCAGUAUUGGAGCGACAACUGGGCGACACCGGAGACAUUCACCGCCAACAAAUUCGGAACUGUGCGCAGCAAAUCGAAAGAAAGACGAAAGCAGCCCUCCGCUCAACUUCCCAAUCUGUAUAUCGAACCAAAAGUGUGGAGUUCCAAACCGUCAGUGUAUGUGUGCUAGUGUAAACGUAGCAGCAGCAGCAUCAACAACCAAACCAUGCUUAUGCUCGGCUGCCUCGACAAUAAUGGUGUAUGUUGGGGGGUAAUAAAAAAUUAGAAAAUCAGUUAGAAGAAAAGCGGAAAAAGGCAGCUCUCGGGGGAAGUAGUGUUGUGUGUUUUAUCGCAACAAAAGAGUCAUAAAAAGAGUCAUAAGACCAUCUUUGUAUCGGUCCGGUGUAUAGUGCAGAAGAAUCUUUCUCCGGUGCGUGCGCGGCAAAGAACCUGACAAAAAAACGGUUCUGGUUCGCGUUCCGAACGUGGAACUAUGUUAGCAGCUAUUUAUAUUGUGACAGUAGUGCUUUGUUUACAUCACCAAGUGACGUAUGGAGUGACGACAGCAGCGUUGGAUGUGGCAAACAAUGGGUUGAUUUCAUCGGAGCUAUCAGCCGAAAAGUUCACCCGUCGGAAGAAAACCGAAAAAUUGUCCUACCGGGAUGAAGACGAAAAGUUGGAACUUGGCGUCUGCCAGGUCUACAGCGGCACAACCUGUGAAGCAUAUCUCAAGAACCAGACGGUCUUCAUCACACCGGACAUUACAAUGGAAAUACUGGAGGAACGGCUUAAAGCUGCCUAUGGCGUGAUUCGUGAGUCGAAAGACAUGAAUGCCAACUGUCGGGUUUAUGCUCUACCGAGUUUAUGCUAUAGCAUUCUGCCGGUAUGUCAGACACCGGAAAAGACCAAUCACCAAUAUUUUGCGAAUAAACGGGCGGCGGAAGCUGUCAAAAGGUACAAAUCCAAGUCACAUGAGAAAAAAAAUAGUCGCAAAAUGACGAUGAAAGGCACUUCCACGGUGGCCACGACUACAGAGAGACUUAAGGUAUAUUUCAGUGGAGGAGUGACUCCUAGCAUAAAUAUCGUCGAUUUCAACGGAGAUAUUGUAACUGAGAACUCAUUGGAUGACGGUGAACGACGGCGACAACGCAGAUCGAGCAAUCGUAAUUUUCUUCAGCUAAAUACAUACGGCAUCGAUGACCGUUACUUUUCGUCAUUUUCUGCUAACAGUAACAACAAAAAGAAUUAUCCACCAACAAGAAAUACGGAAAAUUUAAGACGCAUUUGUCGCAACGAUUGCGAACUGUUGGAAAAUGAGCUUUGUCAGAAGGAAUACGCAAUAGCCAAGCGACAUCCAACGAUUGGUCAGAAAUUACCUUUGGAAGAAUGCGAUGAUUUACCGCUGCAAAACUCCGUAGAUGGAACUAUUUUGAAUGGGAUUGGUGGUUUGGGAAGCUCUGGCGACAUGGAGUGUAUGAGAUUGGGAAUUGAAAUAGAUGUCAACAAAGAUGAUGACUGUUACUGGGAGAAUGGAUAUAGCUAUAGAGGUAUUUUAGACAAAUCUAACACGGGAAACCCGUGUAUGCGGUGGUCGAAAUUGAUGCGAGAAAUAUCCAACUAUCCUGAGCUUGCUGGACACAACUAUUGUCGAAAUCCAGGUGGAGAAUUAUCAUCUCCUUGGUGUUAUGUUGAUCUCAAAAAGACUAUGGAGCUCUGUGAGAUUACACGGUGCUCGGAAAGGAUGUGGCUCUACAUUAUAGUAGGUUUUGUAGCUUUCUGUACAUUGAUAGUGGUUAUCGUUACAAUAGUAUGUUGUAGGAAAUAUAGGAAGCACGGAGUAUCCAAUAUACAAAAUAUCAACUUACCGAAUGCAGAUAAAAACAUCUAUGGAAACUCCCGACACAAUUCUCCAAUCGAGAUGACCUCGUUGAUCACUAAUCAAAACUCUACCGGUGCCAUCAGUCGAAAUGUAGAGAAUGGAGGUAUUCAAGGAUUGACCACCGGACAGAAUGGAGGCCAAGGUCAAACAUCUCAAUCUAGAAAUAACGGUAUAGCAAGAGUUCCUCAGUACACCCUGCAAGACGUGCGAUUCGUUGAAGAGCUUGGAGAAGGUGCUUUCGGAAAAGUUUACAAAGGUGAACUGACGCAGAAAGAUGGUGAGAAGAUUUUUGUCGCAGUCAAGGCGUUGAAGGAAAAUGCUAGUGCAAAAACGCAGGCAGAUUUCAAAAGAGAGAUAGAGCUGAUUUCAGAUCUUAAACAUGAUAAUAUUGUGUGCAUUUUGGGGGUUGUACUGAAAGAAGAGCCACUAUGCAUGCUUUUUGAAUACAUGGCACAAGGAGAUUUACAUGAGUUCCUGAUUGCCAACUCACCAAAUGAAGGAAAGCAGUUGACACAGCUCCAGUUUCUACUCAUUUCCCAGCAGAUUUGUGAUGGAAUGGAGUAUCUGGCGAGUCAUCACUACGUUCAUCGCGAUCUGGCGGCAAGAAACUGUUUGGUUGGUGAUAAUUUAACAGUGAAAAUUUCUGAUUUCGGACUUUCCCGAGACAUCUACAGUUCAGAUUACUACCGUGUUCAGUCUAAAUCCUUACUUCCCGUUCGAUGGAUGCCGUCCGAAUCUAUACUUUACGGCAAGUUUACCACUGAAAGCGAUGUUUGGUCAUUCGGAGUAGUUUUAUGGGAGAUAUACAGCUAUGGAUUGCAACCGUAUUAUGGCUAUAGUAAUCAGGAAGUGAUCAAUAUGGUCCGAGCUAGGCAGCUAUUACCAUGCCCAGAAGCAUGUCCCAGUGCAGUUUAUUCUCUCAUGGUGGAAUGCUGGCAUGAGCAGGCCGUGCGCCGUCCAACGUUCCCUGAAAUAGGACAUAGAUUAAAAAUUUGGUAUCAAGCACAAAAGAGAACUGAGCAAAAUGAGCAAAGUUUCAAUCGCAAAGGAUCCGUCUUAAGUGUCAACAAUCAACGAAUGUCAUCGCAGGGAAAUUUGAAUGCUAUCACACCCUCGUCUUCAUCCAGUCAUCAGUCAUUGAGCCGGAACCCUCAGAUCGAAACCCGAGAUCAGCCACAACCUCAUCAACAUCCGCGCAAGCAUCAUCACUCUCUAGAACGAGAGAAAAUUCUUCGCACAAGUCAGCAACAGUCUCAGCAGCAGCCUCACCAUCAUCAUUCUCGAUCUCAUCAUCACCACCACAACUCACUUGAGCGUUCCAACAGCUCUAAAAUGGAAGAAUCUGAACAGUAUGAAACUCAAAGUAAUCGUAGCUUCUAUCACAAUUCGGGCACAAGUCGUAGCAGUAAGAGCAUUCAUUCGAUGCAAGAUCAGUGUCAACUACCACAACAACAAGUACCGCAUCAACAUCAUCCCGCACCACAAGCCUACAAAAAUUUUAGCCUACCUCGAAAAAGUAUAGACAGUAAUCUAGAAUUCGGGGAUGGAGAUACAACUGCUGCAAGUAGUCCCGGCACGGGUUACUCAAACCGCGAGUCCAAACGUCCUCCCAAAGAUCCUCACCGUCAUCAUCACCACCAUCACCACCACGGAUCAGGUCGAAGCCGACGGAUGGACAACUCUUCCGGGACUAUGUCUAUAUCGUCGUUGAAUAGUGAGGCUGACCUGAACCAACAGAUCCAAAUGAUACCAAAGAAUAGUACCCAGUCUCUGGCACAGCCACAAAUGAAUCGAAAACCUAGCAGCAGUGGUAGCAUCCUUAGCGUAGCCAGUGAAUCGAAUAGUUCCUUUGGUGGCAACAUGAACUUUACCAAUUUAGCAGUGACUCCGUCAAACGAAAACUCAGUGGCACCUACCGGUCCUACCGGAGGGCUCCCGUUAAUGCAGAGCUCUUUCCAUGAAGGUUAAAACUCAAUGCGAGACUUGUUUUUAACUUUUAAUUUAUAACACAGUGCAUGCAUUUAACGUAGUACUUAAGGUAGAGGAAGAGACAACAGGAAGAAGUACGUUUUUAGAUAAGCAAAAAGGAAAGUGGUUUUUAUUCCAGCUUAGGGAUAGGCAUGCAUAGGACAAAUGGUUCGCAAAUAUCGAGCGCUACAUAGAUAGACUACAACGAGAUGGGCUGAUUUUAUCUCAAUGUGUAACGGUGAUCUCUUAUUUGGACUUCUAGGUGACAAAGUGGAUGACUGCUUUUGUUUGUUCUUGUCAGGAAGUAAAGAAACAAAUUUAAGUAUUAAUUUCAAGCACAUCACAAAACGGAUUCUUGCUUGAAGACUGAUUUAAACUAUUUAUAUCAUACAUUUCAUCCCUAAUCCGAGUUUAUCGAAAAUAAACAUAAAUAUAGCUAUAACAAGCAAUCAUUAUUGAUUCCUUUAAUCAAAAUAUCUGUUUGAAUGUCAUUAAACUUUUAUUUAUGUGUGCAAGGUCAGCCAUCCCAAACAUAUUCUCAUCUUUUAUGAGCUAAACUUAACACAAAAUGAGGCAUGAUUAAGUGUCUAAAUGAAAUAAAUAUAAGUAUUACCGGA